CUUUUCUUCUUCUCACUUAUAAAAAGAAGGGUUGUUCGUUCAUCAUCAAUUUGUGUUUCAACAAAUUUUGUUUGUUAAUUGUUCGUUUUCAUCUUGUAUUUUUUAAUACUAUUUUUCUUGAAAAUAUUAAUGGCUUCUGUAAUUACCUAUAGGUGGUCUCCCCUUCUUGCAGUUUCUCUCUGGAUUUUCUUCUUCAUUAUUAUUGCUUGUUAUGCAGAGAAAGCUCCGUACUCAUCUUUCGCAAGAGAUGCCACGUCAGCACCCCCAUCGGAGUACUUCGACUACAUAAUCGUCGGCGGCGGAACCGCCGGCUGCGCACUGGCGGCGACGCUCUCCGCCUCCGCAAAAGUACUGCUCCUGGAGAGGGGCGGCCUGCCGUACGGCGACCCAAACUUGGGCCACGUAACGGGCUUCAGGAAGACACUGGCGGACACGUCGACGACCUCACCCUCGCAGUUAUUCGUCUCGACGGACGGCGUCUUCAACCACCGCGGCCGCGUCCUGGGCGGCAGCUCCGCCAUCAACGCCGGGUUCUACACGCGCGCCAGCAACCAGUACGUGGUGGAGGCCGGUUGGGACCCGCGGCUGGUAAACGAGUCGUACGGGUGGGUAGAGACGAAGGUGGUGUUCCGGCCGCGCGUGCUGGAGUGGCAGUCGGCGGUGAGAGACGGACUUCUGGAGGCCGGCGUCUCGCCGCUCAGGGGAACAACUUACGAGCAUUUACAUGGCACUAAAACCGGCGGAUCAACUUUUGACGAGCACGGGUACAGGCACACCGCCGCCGAUUUACUGGAGUACGCCGACCCCGCCAAAAUCACCGUUUACUUAUAUGCCACGGUGUACAAAAUCUUAUUCGGAUCCUCUCCGGAGCGAAGAACAAAAUCGUACGGAGUUUUAUUCAGAGACUCAAAAGGCAAUAGGCACGUGGCAUAUUUAAACAGUGGACCCACAAACGAAGUCAUUUUAUCAGCUGGUGCACUAGGCAGCCCACAACUCCUAAUGCUAAAUGGUAUUGGCCCGGCCCGUCAACUUCGGGCCCAUGGUAUAACAGUUAUACUAGAUCAGCCAAUGGUGGGCCAGGGCAUGUCCGAUAAUCCGAUGAACGCCGUCAUAAUUCCUUCACAUAGGCCCGUCGAAGUGUCACUAAUUCAGGUAGUCGGCAUAACCAACGCCGGCAGCUACAUUGAAGCGGCAAGUCGAGUCUUGGAGCAGGCUUUAACCCCUGCUUUGGUUCAACACUUUACAAGGCUAGCAAACCAGACGUUUCCGGAAGGUACGAGAAACAUCCAAGACGUAAUAAUAUUGGAAAAGGUGAUGGGACCAUUCUCAAGGGGGUAUCUGGAGCUCCAGAGCAACGACCCGAACGACAACCCGAGAGUGACGUUCAACUAUUUCCAGGACCCGAGGGAUCUGCAGAGGUGCGUUCAAGGAAUGGGAAUAGUUAAACGAGUAAUCGAAUCAAGGCCCGUUUCUGCAUUCCGGUACCCAUUCUCCACAUUCCAAUCACUGAUCAACUUGAUGCUGGCGAUUCCCAACAACCUGAGGAGGAGACACGUGUCGGCAUCUCAUUCGAUGGAGCAGUUCUGCGUGGACACCGUGAUGACCAUAUGGCAUUACCACGGUGGAUGCCAGGUGGAUAGGGUUGUCGAUCGGGAUUAUAGGGUGAUUGGUGUUGAUGGAUUGCGUGUGAUCGACGGAUCCACGUUUUAUACCUCGCCUGGAACUAAUCCUCAGGCCACGGUUAUGAUGCUUGGAAGGUAUAUGGGACAGAAAAUUCUAAGGGAGCGAAUUCCACAAUAAUUGACAUAUCAUGAGCGGCACAUUGAUCACAUGCAUCCAAGAAAUUAGAAAAAAGUUUGAACUUUAUGUAAAUUAAUUAAUCAUUUAUUCAAAUAUACUAAUUAAUACUCGAUUUGUUUAAUUCAAAUUAACUGUCAUUUUUUAGUUUUCGAGCUUGUAAUAUAUUUAAUGUAUUAUUUAAAUUCUAAAGUAAUUGAUAGUAAUAUGAAACGAAAAAGUUUU